AUGCCCUCGCUCGCUACUCCACAGAGGCCACUCGCCGCCGACGCUCCUUGCCAACAUCACCUCGUUCGCUACCUCGUCCGCCACUUGGCUCCUCUCCUAGCUCCUCUCCUCGCUCCCUCGUCAGCAGCAUCGGCGAAAGACCCCAAGAUGCGCUUCCAGCUUUCCCUCUCGGCCGUUCUGGCCCUCGCCGCCUCGGCCUUUGCCCAGACGGCCGACUUCGACCCCAUCUACACGCCAAAGUCCAACGAGGUCAUCCCCGCCGGCUCGCCCUACAGCAUCACCUGGAGCGCCCCGGCCAAGUACGCCGCCGGCACCAUCUCCAUCCACCUGAUCGGCGGUGCCACGCAAAACACCCAGGUCCCCAUCAUGGACAUUGCCUCCGGCAUCAAGAACUCGGACAACGGUUACACCUGGCUCGUCGACGCCACGCUCGGCAGCCAAGCCGUCUAUGGUCUCGUCAUCAAGCUCGAGAGCGACCCUAGCAUCUUCCAGUACUCGAUGCCCUUCCAGAUCAAGGGCAACGGCGUCGUCACCACGGGCACCACGUCCCGCAGCUCCGCUUCCACGACGACGGACAGCACCACCACCGGCUCCGUCACGGCGACGACAACGCAGCAUUCGACGACGUCGUACCCGACGACGCACGUAGGGUACAACUCGACGUCGAUCGCGAAGCCCACGCACCCUUCCAACUCGACGACGCUGGCCACCAAGCCCGUCCGCACCUCGGGCGUGCGCAUCACCAGCACCGCCGCCAUGUACCCCACGGCCACGUCGACGACGCCGGCCAAGGUGCCCGCCAACGCCGCCUCGGUCGUCGGUGCCGGCUCCCUCGGCGUCGUUGCCGCUCUGGCCCUCGCCCUCGUGGCCAUUGCCGGACUUUUCUUCUUCACCGGCCACUCGGAGAGCUGGCGCAUGGGUUGGCUGAGGACUUUAUUGGACACAUCCAAACUGUACACCUUGGACGAGGACGAAGCUCUUCUCUCGUCGCGGCUUCACGGGCUCAUCAUGAUGCCGGUCGCCGCCGCGAACGGAGGGAUCGCUGCCUAG